AUGAAACCGUUUAAGCAUUUACAACAUAUUUCUCAAAAUGAUGGAUACACCAACAGUGUUCUAGAAGUCUUCAGAAUGGACGGAAAGGGCGACCCUAGGGUCUCCAGAGCUGGCAGGUAUAAGGGGGAACAAAAAAGGUUGAAGCAGGUCCGCUCCCGAAUAAGGAUCUCUUCUAUGCUGACUCUCAUUGGUCUUUCUUCACAUCCUUCAACACUUCAUCAAUUGUCCAUCAAACACAGCAAGACGAAUUGGGGAACACGCAAAUACACACGACUAAGUACAUAA